CUCGCGGUGCGCGCGCAGGUCGGUGCGUCAGUCGGGGGCGCGCUCGGGUAACCUGUACCCCCACGUAGUCGCCGGUUACCGAUCGGACUAAGUUCCAGUGGUGAUUUGCAAGUCAAGCUAAAAUGUCCCCAGAAGUGGCCUUGAACCGAAUUUCUCCAAUGCUCUCCCCAUUCAUAUCUAGUGUGGUCCGCAAUGGAAAAGUGGGACUGGAUGCUACGAGCUGUUUGAGGAUAACUGACUUGAAGUCUGGCUGCACAUCAUUGACUCCUGGACCCAACUGUGACCGAUUUAAACUGCACAUACCAUAUGCUGGAGAGACAUUAAAAUGGGAUAUCAUUUUCAAUGCCCAAUACCCAGAGCUGCCCCCUGAUUUCAUCUUUGGAGAAGAUGCUGAAUUCCUGCCAGAUCCCUCGGCUCUGCAUAACCUUGCCUCCUGGAAUCCUUCAAAUCCUGAAUGUCUGUUACUUGUGGUGAAGGAGCUCGUGCAGCAAUACCACCAGUUCCAAUGCAGCCGCCUCCGGGAGAGCUCCCGCCUCAUGUUUGAGUACCAGACGUUACUGGAAGAGCCGCAGUACGGAGAGAACAUGGAAAUUUAUGCUGGGAAGAAAAACAACUGGACUGGUGAAUUUUCAGCUCGUUUCCUUUUGAAGUUGCCAGUGGAUUUCAGCAAUAUUCCCACAUACCUUCUCAAGGAUGUAAAUGAAGACCCUGGAGAAGAUGUGGCCCUCCUUUCUGUCAGUUUUGAGGACACCGAAGCCACUCAGGUGUAUCCCAAGCUGUACUUGUCACCCCGAAUUGAACAUGCACUUGGAGGCUCCUCAGCUCUUCAUAUCCCAGCUUUUCCAGGAGGAGGAUGUCUCAUUGAUUAUGUGCCUCAAGUAUGCCACCUACUCACCAACAAGGUGCAGUAUGUGAUUCAAGGGUACCACAAAAGAAGGGAGUAUAUUGCUGCUUUCCUCAGUCACUUCGGCACAGGCGUCGUGGAAUAUGAUGCAGAAGGCUUUACAAAACUCACUCUACUGCUGAUGUGGAGAGAUUUCUGUUUUCUUGUGCACAUUGACCUGCCCCUGUUUUUCCCUCGAGACCAGCCAACUCUCACAUUCCAGUCCGUCUAUCACUUUACCAACAGUGGACAGCUUUAUUCCCAGGCCCAAAAAAAUUAUCCAUACAGCCCCAGAUGGGAUGGAAAUGAGAUGGCCAAAAGAGCAAAGGCUUAUUUCAAAACCUUUGUCCCUCAGUUCCAGGAGGCAGCGUUUGCCAAUGGAAAGCUCUAGGAAACACCAGUCUUGAGAGGUGGCCAGCCAGACUGCUGUGUCCACAUGCGUGUCAGCACAUAUGGCCGCUUCCUGGAAGCCGCUUGGAACGCCUUCAUGGUAGCGUUCUGCGCACACAGCAGCUUUGCACGCCCCGCCUGGAGCCCAGACUGAAGCGGGCUGGCACUAACCUGGAUCCUCGAGCCCCCACCGCUGGUCGCUCCCUCUUUGUUUCCUUCAGUAUACUUCUUAGUUGGAAGAAAUAAAAUCAAAUUCUGACACGGUA